AUGCACAGUGUCCAGCGGCAUUUUGGCAAGUACAUGAAAAGGUCUGCCGAUGAACAACAGGUCUCGGUUUUGCUCAAGGACUUUGAAGAGGCGGAUAAGUUGUUGACUAAGAUCAUUGAGGCCUCCAAAGCAUGGCGAGAGUCUUGGACCUCCAUCCUCACUCACCAACAUCGGGUAUUCGACGAGUUCAGCCUCCUGUACGCUCCGAUUGUGGGUGCCAGCGACGACUACCACGGCCAUGUCCCAGUCCAGACGCCCGAUCACAUUGUCCGCAGGACCGCGAGAAUUAAGAGUGAGUACGAGGAUUUGAAGAGAGAUCUCACCGAGGACCUCGGUCAGGUCGAGGAAAGGCUCAUCAGGCCCGCUCAAAAUGCAAAGGACAGCUUGCACACCAUGAAGAAGACGAUCAAAAAGCGCGAGGAUCGGAAACUCGAUUUUGAACGGUACCAAAACAGGGUCGACUCCUAUCUCAAGAAGACCAAGCGGUCGGAACGAGACAAUGCGGCCCUCGUCAAGUCCCAGUCCGAGCUGGAAGCAGCCACCGAAGCAUACCACGCCGCCGAUGACAACUUGAGAGGCUGUCUUCCUCGACUCUUGACGUCGGUUUUCUCGCUGCUUCCCCACUUUCUGGCUGCUCAAAUUCAGAUCCAAAACAACUUGCUGGGGCAUUAUUACACCAUGCUUCACACUUACUGUACAGAGGAAGGUUUCCCUUCUCCGGCUCCGCCCAUGGACGAAGUGAUCCGAUUGUGGAACGAUGCCUUCAAACCCGUGCAACGUGAGGCUGAGUCGUUGGCUAUCUUGGCCAAUGGAAAAGCAGCGAGGACGUCGAUGGAGAACGGUCAGCAACCGGCCAAUGGGUAUCGCCGUCCAAGUGCCUCAGCCUUCAGUGCUCACCGCCAACAGUCUGUCUCCCCGGCCAGGGCCCUUCCACCUUCCCCGUCAUUUGAGCCGAAAGUCAAGCUGUCAUCCUCGCCCGCAGCGUCAUCUGUGCUGAGUGCAGCCACUCCGCAGGAAUUCAUAGCCAGCCCAUCCCCUUCACAGUCGGUCUAUCAGACACCGAUGGCCUAUUCUCCAGCAGGGCCGAACACAGACUAUUUCUCUCGUGAUCGACAUCCCUCUGGUACGCCGGCCGUGUCUGCUGCGACAGCGGCGUCAAUUGCACAGAAGAAACGACCCCCGCCACCUCCGCCGCCGAGGUUACCUUCGCAGCAAACCAUUUUUGUAACAGCACUGUACGAUUUUGACGGCCAAAGUGAGGGAGACCUGGCAUUUCGAGAAGGCGAUCGGAUUCGAGUCAUCAAGAAAACUGAAAGUACCGAUGAUUGGUGGCAGGGGGAGCUCAGGGGAAUGAAAGGACCAUUUCCCGCAAAUUACUGCCAAUGA